AGUAAAUGUAAAGUCGCCUGAUAUGUGACACAAGUUUACGUUAUUUGAAAAAAAGAAUAUAUAUGUAUAUAUACUUUUUGCAGAAAUAAUGCGAUAGAAUGAUUUCGGUAGAAAAUGUUGUUUUUUCAAUUGAAAUAAUUUUACAACUGUUAAUAGACAAAUAUCUUAUUUCGUCUAGUUGCAUGACUUUGAUUUCGGAAGGUCCGCUCAAAUUAAAAUUCAAUAAUAGUUUGAUUCAUUUUUAUAAUAAUGAUACUGAAGAACUCUUUAAUAUGAUGCUCGAAGCGUCGCAAAUGGGCUGUUCCGAUUACAUUGUUCAAAUGGAUGAUCCACAGAGUUUUAUGAUGAAUUUCGAUAAGGUUAUUCACAUGGGGAAUGUCAGGAGGAGCGAUCGAAAGAUUGUUAUGAUACCUUCGACGAAGUUACCAUUGAAUGACUCCAAUUACGAACUGCUCAAAGUAUUGUCUAUGAAGGAAACGAGUUUUGUGGCAAAUAUUCUACUUGUUUUACCUCAAUUUGGAAGAUUUGAAAAUCAAUGUGAAAAGUACGAUUUAGUUACGCACCAAUUCGUGGGUAGAGACAACAAUGACUUGCCAGUAUAUCUCGAUGUAUGGGAUUCGUGCACUCUUCAAUUUGCAUACAACGUUGAUCUGUUUCCUCACAAUAUGCUUAACUUAUACGGAAAAGUAGUUACGGUAGCCGCGUUUACUUACAAACCAUACGUUAUAUUAGAUAUUGACAAAAGUAUUGUGCCACAAGGACAAGAUGGUAUAGAUGUGCGAAUUGUAGAAGAAUUUUGCAGAUGGAUAAAUUGUACCAUUGAGAUAAUAAGAGAAGAUGAAGAAGAAUGGGGUGAAAUAUACGCAAACCAAACUGGUAUAGGUGUUUUAGGAUCGGUGUUCGAAGACAGAGCGGAUCUUGGAAUAACUGCACUAUAUUCGUGGUAUGAAGAAUAUGUUGAGAUGGAUUUCUCCGCACCCUAUAUACGAACUGGUAUAACAUGUAUUGCUCCAUCGCCUAGGUUUUAUUCCGAAUAUUUUAUCAUCGCAGUAAAAAAAAAUCUGUACAGUUUGAUACCAUUCGUUAUAAUUUUUAGAUUAUUAGCGAGCUGGACAAUGCCUUUAUUGCCUUUCAGUCUGUAUAUGUGGAUUGGAAUAUUUUUUACAUUUCUUUAUUCAUCUCUGGCACUUAGUAUCGCUAGAGGCUUUAAAUUGGAUAAGGUUUUUUUUACGACUUUUGCUAUUCUGAUAACACAGUCAGUGUCUUCGACUUUUUUCCAACCAUGGCGUAUACGCAGCGUGUUAGGAUGGAUGAUGAUAACUGGUCUUGUAUUAGACAACGCCUAUGGAGGAGGUUUAGCAUCUACUUUUACAGUCCCCAAAUAUGAGCCCACGGUAGACACUAUCAGAGAUAUGGUUGACCGAAAACUUGAAUGGGGAGCUACACAUACCGCUUGGACAUUCUCUCUUACUCUCUCCCAAGAGCCCUUGAUUAAACAGUUGAUAAGCCAAUUUAAGACUUAUUCGGCCGAAGAAUUGGUAGAGAAGAGUUUUACGAGGAACCUGGCGUUCAGCAUUGAAAUAUUGCCGGCAGGUUACUUUGCUAUCGGAGAAUACAUCACGAAAGAGGCGUCUUUGGAUUUAACUAUUAUGCUUGAACAAUUCUAUUUUGAGCAGUGUGUUAUCAUGAUGAGGAAGAGUUCGGUGUUCACAGAUAAGAUUAAUAAGCUCAUUGGGCGACUUCACGAAUCCGGGCUCUUGUUAGCUUGGGAGACCCAAAUAGCACUGCAACAUUUGGAUUAUGAAGUUCAGUUAGAAGUGAAACUUUCACGUUCAAAAAGAGACGUAGAGAAUAUUGAACCGCUUGCGAUACGCCACGUUGUGGGAAUUUUUAUCAUAUAUGGUAUUGGUGUAACAAUUUCGUUCGUUGUUUUCCUGGCUGAAAUUACAUGCUGUAAAAAAAAAGUACAAUGAAAGAAAACUAUACAUUUAUUUAAUUCUCUAACAAACGUAAUUACUAAGGCAUAGCUAUGUUAAGGUUCGAACAACCUUUAUUAAAAUAUAAUUAAAUAAAGUUGUUGAGUCAUUUAUAA